AUGAUCGAGGAACUGUUAAAUAGACAACAAGAACUGGUUACUAAAAACCAAAGACUGCGGACCGAGAUUGAAGGUAACAAUAUAUCUAUUCUAUCCAGUUUUGAAACAAUGCAAUACAUUUGUCAUCAACCCAAAGUGCCUACACUUCUAUCAAAGUGGACUGAUCAACUUUUUUUUGUCCUUAAAGAUAAAGCAUCACAGCUUUAUGACGCUAUGGUCAAGCACACUCUCGAUGGUCAUAAAGGAAGGGCGACAGAAGGAGUAGGGCGACGUCAACAACAGCGCCAUCUAAAGGAAAUAAGGUUAGCUUAGUUUACAUGUUAUUUGGCCUUUUUCUUGUAUUUAUUUCCUUAGUAUAGCUUUUAGUCUGCAAUUUAUACUAAGGCAAUUAAACAUUUAAAUACAUACAGAUGUUUGAUGUAUAUGAAAUAAAUCAAUCCUUGUUCUAUUGCAAAAUAAUCAUAUUUUAAAAAAGUUACCUUGGCUUUCUUUACAGAGAGAAGGCGCACAACGCACUCUGGUUCGCCGAGACCUACGGUUUGGAGCCAAGAUCGCCUAAUCUUGAAGAUAAGGCUGGUCGCCUAAUAAAAAUAACCUUUGCCUCACAGCAUUUUCCUGGUAAAAACUUGACAGAAUUUCACUAAUAACAAAUUUCAUUCUUUUCCAUGUCAAUUAGUCCAAAAGUUUUGUGUCUGACGUCUCUUUCUGUUUCUUGUAGAAAAUACUGAAAAUAUUGCUUCUGCAAAAGGAAGAAAGACGUUACCACGCGAAUCAAUAGUUACAAGUAUGUUGAAAGCAGUAAUAUGUAACUGCUUACAUGAUAUUUUUAUAACUCAAAUAUUGCCUUAAAAAUGUUAGCCAAGUUGUUUCUGAAAGUCACUGUCACAGAGAUUUUUUUCUACUAAAAUAAGUAGGAUGUAAGGCUAUAAAAAUUACACAAUUGGGGGACUAGAAAAUCAAAAAGCGAUGAAAGUAAAAUAUAUUUGGCUCCUUAAAUGUGAUGGAUCACCUAUUUAAAACUAAAUUUAAAUUAAUCUUUAAGAAUAUUUCCAGCAUAUAAAACAACUUUGAUGUAACAACAAUAACAAUAUUAAUUAUUUCAUUUCAGGGGCCAAAUAGAGGUCUAUGAGAGCCUCUAUGAGAAAAGGAGAAGAUCAGAACAAUACUUUACAUCAUGGACCGAUUUUCCCUUUCACUGAAGGGUUACCAUGAGCUCACCAAAGCGGAAAAGGCCCUCCCCCGAACCCACCUGAUGGAGAGGUGUGCAAGGACUCUAGGUAGGAAUUAGAAUGUACAAAGAACCCCCGGUAGAGCACAGGGUGCUGAACUGCCUUUCAAGCUCCUCAUCGACAAGGAAGUUGGAAAUUUUGUAAGUUUUAUGUCUCUGAUAAACCUUUUCAUAAAUGCCACGGAAAAUACAGUGACUCAUGGGACCCUAACUUAAGCAUUGCUCGUUUUCUUCUCUUGCCUUAAGUCUAACACUUUACUUCUUUUACAGGUUAAGAACAAUGCAGAUGGCACUAUUAAAGUGAAAGUUAAAAAUUUCAGGAGAUGA